AGACGGUGGAAGGUAAAGCAGGGAGGCAGCAUCAUGGCGGACAGAGACAGUGGCAGUGACCACGGAGGGCCCACCGCAGGCCCCGGCUCGCUGCCUCCGGGCGCGAUGGGCGCCAUGUCCCGGCUGCAGCACGACACCGAGGAGCUCGCCUCCAAGCGCGUCGACAUCCAGAACAAGCGCUUCUACCUUGACGUGAAGCAGAAUGUUAAAGGCCGCUUCCUAAAGAUAGCCGAGGUCGGGGCUGGGGGAAACAAGAGCCGCCUCACUCUCUCCAUGUCGGUCGCCGUGGAGUUCCGCGAUUAUCUCGGGGACUUUAUCGAACAUUACGCCCAGCUGGGCCCGACCAACCCGGACAUGGUGCAGGAUGAGCCCCGGCGGGCGCUCAAGAGCGAAUUCCUGGUGCGGGAGAAUCGGAAAUAUUACAUGGAUCUGAAAGAGAACCAGAGGGGGCGGUUCCUGAGGAUCCGACAGACCGUUAAUCGGGGGCCCGGAUUGGGAAGCGCGCAAGGCCAGACCAUCGCUCUGCCGGCGCAGGGGCUCAUCGAGUUCCGCGACGCUUUGGCCAAACUCAUCGACGACUACGGCGUGGACGAGGAGCCGGCGGAGCUCCCGGAGGGCACCUCGCUCACGGUCGACAACAAGCGCUUCUUCUUCGACGUGGGCUCCAAUAAGUACGGGGUCUUCAUGCGGGUUAGCGAGGUGAAGCCCACGUACCGGAACUCCAUUACGGUUCCCUGCAAAGUGUGGUCCAAAUUCGGCAACACCUUCUGUAAAUACGCGGAGGAGAUGAGGAAGAUCCAGGAGAGGAGUAGAGAGAAGCGGGCCUCCGAACUGCUACCUGAGGGCCCGCACGGCGGAGAUGACGGCGACGACGACUGACGCGGAUGUAGGGACGAGCUGAGACGAAACAACCGAGACGAACCUGAACUCUGAGAGAAAAACCAGACUUUUAACUGUAAAAUAGAACGAGAAUUUCCAAGGGAAUCACCCCACACACACAACCUCCACAGACAUGACAGCUGCUCUGCUGUCUCCUCGCUCAUUUGACUGGAUGUCACCCCACUUACCACCCAUGUAACAGUAAGCCGCUGCUAUCAAGGAUUGAACUGUAAGAUAUGAACUGUUUCCUACUUGAUUUAAAUGACAAUGAACAGAGUGUUUAUAUCUCUAUCAACGACAGAUUUUGCACACAUCAAAGCUAUUUCGAGAAAAAAAAAAUGUUUAAAUGUUUUCAAACUGGUAAUAUACUAAGAUUUAAUCAAAAACAAAACCAGAGGUCUAUUAUAUAAAAUGACAGUCUUCAUGUAGAACGAAUAUUUGACAUCAGCACAAAGAGAAUAUAUUAUGGACUUUAUGAAACCAAAAUCUGAUACCAGAUGUAGGCCUAUAGUUUAUUAUAAAGGUACGCAGAAUAAAUAUGAAAGCAGGCCUGUAAACUCCUGUCAGCAUGCGUGUAGGCUCAUGUUUUGAAAAGAAGUUGGCAAAGUAGGCUAUAGUCUUUAAUUUGACCGGAAAUGUAGUCGGCUAUCGGAAGCAUUUCUAUCAUGCCAUUAUGGAAAGGUUGAGACUCAAAACUAAAUAGCCUAUUUUGUGCGCCUCAAACAAGCGGGAUAGUCUGAAUCUAUCUCUGAGCUACUCUAUUGAAUAUCAACCCUCUUGCACCAUGUCCAUAUAAACUUAAAUGAAAAAAGUGCUAACUUAGAUGUACUAAUUAUGAUUUUGUGAAUCAGCUGUAAAAAAAAUCCUUAUUAAGAUACCCACGUUUUCUGUGGGUUAAGUUUUUUUCUUUGUUGUUUUUUUCCUCUGGGGGGGGGUGGGGGAUGCUAAAGGAUGAGGUCCACCUGUGGGGGCGCCCGGCGCGGAAACAAACUAAAAAAAAAAAACGACGCGUCAGCGCAGCGCGCGGCGAGGCAACGCAUCCUCUCUGACGUCAUUACGACCCGUGCCUUAUACACUCCACUCGUUUACGUGUUCUCACGUGGAUGGUCUGUGACCUCGACCGCUGUACGUUUUCAUUUACGAGUGCUGUUAUGUAGGCAGAAAUAUAUACUCACCAGGGCUGUGGGUUCACGCCCUGCAGUGCAUGGAGCAUGCGUGGCAACACCAAAAGUACGCUGAAAGGCUGCUGGGAGCUCGAGGGAGGCAACAGUGGGAGUGGCUAGAAGGUGCUGGGGGGGCGGGGGGGGGGCUCAGAGUGUUACAGCGGCCUGGACCCUGAAUCCCCAGCAGCUCCCCUGGCUGGGUUUCCUCCCACAGAGUGAGAAGUGUCUCCCUGGAGUCGGACCCAGGACGUGCUGCCGGUGGCGGCGCCGACUGUAAGCAUGGAGGAUGUUACGGGUGGCUUUGCACACCAUAUGCACCAUGAUGUUGAAAAAAAAAAAAAGAAAACAACAAAAAAAAAACAGCAACAACAAAAAAAAACUAAAUCAGGAGCGCCUGGUUGAGGUUAUUCGUCAGAGCUGAGAUGGAUGCUGUUAAGGAGCCAGGCAGUCAGCCAGCCAGGCAGCCAGCCGGCCGGUCCCAUGCAGUCAGUCUGAGUGCAGUCCAGUGGAUGUAGAGGCCCGUCGAUGCAGGGCCGAGGCAGUGUCUAUCUCUAUUUAUGGUGCUACAGCCCCUUGAUCGCUCCUUGGGGGCCUCGCCGCUCAGAAUAUGUCACUUUUGCAUUAUUGUUAUUCUGAUGCUCUUUUAUUUUUCUUUAUUCUCCACGUUGUGUUGUCCGAAACGCGUCAGGUUUCUCCCUCCCAGCCAGAGACGAAGCCGCUGACGAGUGGAGGACGUUUCAUAUUAGUGUGCAAUAUUGUGUACGUGCCAAUCGUGGCAUUGUAUCACGUGUAUAGACUAUUAAAAAGACGAAAAAAUGUAUAGGCUAUGUGAUCAGUAGAUGUUUGAAAGCAUGACGACGAGGCUGAUGCAUCUGCAUUAUAUUUUCCGAAAUGUGAAGACUUUCUUCUCAAGCACUUGCUCCAAGUGAAAGAAGUCAGACUAGUAGUGAGGUUUUGUUUGUUUUUUUUUUCCUGUCACAUUCUGUAAAACCAGUAGGCUGCCUUGUCCGUCUCUCAGUGCGCGUAGACUAGUUCGGGUGUUGUACGUUCCCCUGCGGAGUCACCCCAGAGAAAAACUCUUCCCUCCUCUGCAAACACACACACACACAGUCGACAGCCUCCGACUGUCUCCAUGUCAGCCCUCAGCGGUGGCCUACACCGAAGCUCAAUAGUAUCUUGAGUCCAGGGGUGGCUGACAAACACACACACACACAUACAGUCUCCCCCUGUCGAGGCCUCUUGUUGCUAUCUGAGUGUUUGGGAGGCCUCUAAAGUAUUUUGAAUGGUGUCUAGAGCCGCACAAGGCCUCCUGUCAUUAGACGCCAGGAACCUUGUGUGUUUGGAGCCUGAGUGCGACCCCUUCGCUCGCCUGGGACUGUCGAUCGCCGGACAGGUGAACUGCGAUUUGGCGCUUUUUUUUUGUGGUUUCACUUGAGCCGGGCGAUAGCGAUCCGCCGUGGCCGAGCCAAAGGACAGAGGAGUUUGUUGUUGUUUUUACAAUGAGGAUCAAAAUCCUUCUCUCUGGUGUGGGCUGAUCUCAGAUCUGCUUCUCUUUCCCAGCUCGAGCUUCAAAGCAUAGAAAAAGGCCCUGACUCAUUGUCUGUGCAGCAGAGGCUGUCUGUACGCGUCGCUUAGGAUACUCGGUCCAUCCUUUCAUUUUGACCCCACUGACCUUUAGGCUCAACGACCUUCGAGUGUUGAUUAAUCAGUUUCGUUCAAAGCAGGACGGCCUACAGCAGCUGAAACGACUGGUCUCAGUGGAGUAGCAUCGAGCUGACAUGACAGGGAAACACAUGCAGCUUUAGAGGCCUCCGCUAGAUAAACGUGGCAGUUACAGCCCGGUCCAGCCAGACCUGAGGUUAGACUGACGCAGAAUUCCACACCUGGGCUAAAAAGAGAACUGGUGUCACGGAUAAAAAAGUUUAAAAGUCGAUCUGUGUUCGAUUGGUCACGCCUGUUGCAACAGAGUCAAGAAAAAAAAACGUUCCAGUAAAUCCCAUCUGUUUCACGCCGGACUUUUUUUGGCCCAAGUUUGUCUCAGAGUGAUGGUGAGAGGCCAGAUGAAGGCUGGCGCUGCACCGUGGGGGCUUCACCAGCAGCAGCCCACCACCACCACCUUCUGACACGGCUGUUACACAGAGCCAGUUAGGACGUUACUCUCUGUCACGGGGAAGAACAGGAAAUCUCCUUCCCCUCCUGCAGAGACGACUGUAUUUCCUCACACUGCCCUGUGAAUUAUAGAAAAGCCCAUUGAACACACGUGCAAUCCACCGACGACUAUGUGCCCAGCAAAGCACAUCUGAGGUCAAUCUGAGUUCAUCUUGAGUUCAACGCCAGUCUGGACUCUGUUGUGACACAGAACUUAUUCCCCAAAGUGUUCGAGCUUUAGCUUGAUUGAAUCUAGGCCUCCAGGAGGCUCAUGCUACAUGAAGACUGGAAAUAUAACACUUCCUUUCUCUUUUUCUCUUAUGGCCAAAUAUAAGGAGAGGCUGAACCUGCUCGUAGAGUUCACUUUGUGGAUGCCUCACUCUGUGAAACGCACACUUUUUUUUUUCUUUUAACGAUUAGAAGACGUGUUUUGUUACAGACUGUAAUCGAAAGGUGCUACCGGGUCGGUCGUGUUUUCAGCGCAGAGCGACUCUGUUGUGAAACAUGACUUGUUCAUUUUUUGGGUCGCAGCUCUGCUGGAGCUACGCAGGAAGAGGGCGCUUGUGAUUUUGCUGAAAACAGUGUGAUCAAAUCUCGUUUUAUGAGAGCUCAAACGGUGUCACAGCAAAACCUGGAGUGACCUUGCAGCCAUGUUGUGCCCACAUUACACGGUCAUCAGUUUCUGGGACUCAAAUGCAAAAUGGUAGGCAGAUGUUGUUCAUCUUGUUUUCUGUGAGCCGUCCUCGGUGGCUAAGUUCAGCGUACACGAGCGAUGGCGCACGGAAGCUGUUAGCAUUGAUGAGAGUGGUGUUUUGGUUUAAUACACAGCGGUAGCCAUCGUAGCAAUCCCUAAUCAUGACUGCCUUCUGUCUGUUACAGCUGCAGUGUUCGUUUGUCAGAUUUUUAUUUAAAAGAGCUUCUGUUUUUUUGUUGCUCAGACGACAGCUAACCCGACCAUUCCUCACAAACGGUGACUGACAGAAACAGAGGAGGAAUAAAGCUCACGAGUGGCUUUGCAAAGUCAGAUUGCUAGGAUGGCUGCAGCUGUAGGUACUUUGUCUGCUUGUUCCUCCCGGCUUCGGCGGGGAGAUUAUUCAUGUUUCUGACCACAUCCGAACAGCCACAUGUACACGACUUAUUAACAGCAAACUUCCACACGCGAAUUGUGGGCGGCGGCUUCCCGCCUCCGCCACCGAUCUGUAACCGACUGAAAACAGACUUCCAUGAAGGUGGUCCAGACAACCAAAUGUGCUCUGUUCCUGGUUUCAGUGUUGUAGUCUUUCAUUGGCCAUUCAGAGUUUCCUGGUUAAAUCUCACAGCCAAUCGCAGCCUCUGGUCAAAGCCAAGCACUAUAUGACUCAUCACAAACCACUGACAGAGGAGCUCAUUCAGCACGUCUUCUGUUUGCACACUAGUAGGGUCCAUCAUGUUUGCAGACUGUAAAGGCUACUGUUGUGUAUAGUUACAAAGACGUUCUUUCAAAUGUUUUGAAGAUGUUGGGAAAUGGAUCCUGGAUUUUAAGGGGUGGGGUCAAUGCACAAUGAACAUAUCCCAUGUCACCGUUUGGUCUAAAUCCCUUUACCAUCCCCAUAUGAGAUAAUAUGUUGUAUCUUUCAAAAAUAUUUUAUCUGUGGCGUGUGUGUGUGUGUAUAUAUAUAUAUAUAUGGUUUGUUAUAUAUGAUGCUCUUCCUUUCAGAAAAAUAUAACAUGUAAACAGGAAAAACAUAUUGCUGUUUUUUUCCUUUGUAUUUUAUACUUACAGAAAGCAUUGAAUAAAAAUGGAUAAAUACUUGCACUUUAGAUAUAUUAAGAAAAAUAAAAAUCUGCAUAUUAUUUUUGAUAGGGAUCUCACAUUUAAAGAGUAUAAAUUACAGGCUUUGUGACUAUUGCUGGACAGAGAUGUAUUGAGUUCUACUUAUUGAAGUAUAUUUUGUCUGUGUGUCAGAAGGUUUACUAAAGUAAAUUGCAUGAUAAAGUAGUGCUACACCGAUAUUGUUCUUUUUUUUAGUUGGUAAAAAUGUCUGAAAACUGUGAUAACAAAACCCUCUUGUAUCAUGUUUAACCUCUCCUCGCCCAUUCUAGAAUAUUUCUUACUGAAAUAUGGCCUUUUCCUGACUACAUGACGAUGGUGCUUACUUUGGCUUUGACAUCAAGCUCAUCCUAUACAUCUCAACGACAUCAUCAUAACUCGCGUCCUUACACUCCAUUACUUUCUGUUAUGUACUCUCACUACCUUAUUAAAUUUCCGUUGAUGGCAAAAAAAAAAAACAACAAAAAAGGGUGUGCUGUUUUGUACAUUGCUGUUUGUUUUAAUGUUGGGGGAGCCUUGUUGUCUGAAAAAUGACUAAUCGCGCAAUAAAAUGUCAUUCCACAUG